AUCCCCCACCUUCACUUCCAAAUAUAUUUUGAAAAACCCAACGAAAAAGUAUUAAUUUUGAUAACUAGGUGAAUAAACGUAAUUUACGAUUUAAAUCACAGCGGGUAUACAAUUUUCUUAGGUAACCAAGAGAGAUAUGGGCAAAGGUCGGAGCUUACCGAUUAGUCGAAGCGAGAGGUUUCUUGGGAGCCAUCAGCAGUCCGAUGACCAUCAUGUGGACGGAGAAACUACCUUUGAGCUGGAGCUCAUGGAAGAGGAUGUCUGGUCGGUGGUCGAGCCUGACGAACCAAAGGAACUAGGUGCGUGGAACGCACGCUCUCUCGAGGCCAGUGGCAGUGAAUGGAGACGGAAGGGAGGACGCGUGAGUGACCUGACCGUUCCGAGUGAUGGACAGAGGAAGAGACACGUGGCGACUUCUGCGCCGGUGAAAGUUCCUGACUGGAGCAAGAUCCUAAAGGUGGAGUCCGUCAAGUCAAUGCAUAAUAAUAAUAACGAUAAUGAUAAUGCUGACGUGGCGGAUUGUGAUUGGGAGAGUGCGAUGGUACCGCCUCAUGAAUACGUGGCCGCGCGUAGCCGUAACGGUGACGGUGGUUCGUCCGUGUUUUUGGGCGUGGGAAGAACGUUAAAAGGACGUGACAUGAGACGGGUCAGAGACGCCGUGUGGAGCCAAACCGGGUUUUAUGGUUAAUUUUACGUAAUUAAUUUGAUCAUUAAUAUUUGAUUGUAGUAUAUGAUUUGUCCAUAGAGUUGAAGUAAUUAAUUAAGCACUAUACAAUAACUAGUGUAAUCAUCAUUUAUUUAAAAUCACUCGUCUAUUCUACAUGUAA